AUGAAAGCCACCGCCACCGCACAACAACCCACCAAAACCCACACGAACGCCGCCGGAACCCCACCUCCAAGCUGGCUCCACUCCAUACAAAGCUGCAUCUACCAGAAAAAGCCCAAACAAGCCAUCUCGAUCUACAUCCGCGGCCGGGCAGCCGCCGGUGCAGCCAUCGCCGCGAUGCCGUCGGUCCUCAAGGCCUGCGCGUGCCUCUUGCGGCUCGAACUCGGCCGAUCCCUGCACGCUGAGGUUCUGAAGUCCGGAUCCGAGAGCGACAUCAUGGUGGGGACCGCCUUGGUUGACAUGUACGGCAAGUGCGGCGACAUCUCCAGCUCGCGCCACCUUUUCGACCAUAUGCCUCAGAGGAGCGCGGCCUCCUGGAACGCCAUGAUUGGCUCCUACAUGCGCAACGGCCACACCAGCCUUGCUUCCGUUCUGUUCGAGAACAUGCCCGGGAAGACAUCCGUCACGUGGCACGAGAUGAUAGGCGGGCUGGCGAGGAGCGGGGACACAGCGGCCGCCCGGAGGGUUUUCGAGUGCGUGCCGGAGGACAUGAGGAGCGUGGUAACGUGGACGGUGAUGGUCAGUGGGUAUGCUGCUAACGGGGAGAUGGAGGCUGCCCGGGAGGUGUUUGAGAAAAUGCCCAAGAGGAAUUUCUACGUGUGGUCUGUUUUGAUCAUGGGGUAUUUCAGGGCAGGAGCCUUUGUAAAGGCUCGGCAGGUUUUUGACGAUGCAGGGUCAUGGAAUGUGGUGGUUUGGAACUCGUUGAUUUCAGGUUACGCGCAGAACGGGAUGUGUGAGGAGGUUUUUGAUGCUUUUCGGAAAAUGCGGGAAGAAGGGUUCAAGCCGAACGAGGUCACAUUGGCGAGUGUUUUGUCUGCUUGUGCUCAGUCGGGAAGAUUGGAUAUUGGGAGAGAGAUUCACGGAAUUAUUUACGAAAAUAGGAUUGAGUUGAACGAGUUCGUUUUGAAUGGAUUGGUUGACAUGUACGCAAAAUGCGGGGACUUAGAGAACGCGAGAUCAAUCUUUGAUGAGGCACAAAGGAGAAAUGCAUCAACUUGGAAUAGUUUGAUCACAGGAUUUGCCAUUCACGGGAGAAGUCGGGAGGCGGUUGAAAUUUUUAGGACAAUGGAGGGCUCGGGUGAAAAACCCGACUCUGUGACUUUUCUCUCCGUUUUAUCGGCUUGUGCGCACGGAGGUUUUGUGGAUGUGGGCUUGGAAUCUUUCUCCAAGAUGAAGAUAUAUGGUUUGAGACCAAACAUAAAGCAUUAUGGUUGUCUGGUCGAUCUUUUGGGCCGAGCUGGUAGACUUCAGGAUGCUUUUGAGGUCAUCAAGGGGAUGCCAAUGACCCCAAAUGAUAAAGUUCUUGGGGCAAUGCUUGGUGCAUGUCGGAUAUAUUCGGAUGCAACUAUGGCAGCGAACGUGAUGGAAUUGGUAGGCAAGUUGAAGAUAAGAAAUGGUUUGGCUAAUGAUAAGCAUUAUGUGCUGUUGUCUGGCAUGUAUGCAGAGUCCGAAAGAUGGGCAAUGUCAGAAGGGGCUCGUGUCGUAUUUCAUUCUACGGGGGCUGAGAAAACACCGGGACAUAGUGCACUUGUUAUUUGA